CAGAGGACGUAUCAAGCGCAUCUACGAACCUCGUACCUUCAUUGGGCCUGAAUCUAAACGAGCAGAACCGCUACCCCACGACCCCCUUCGAUGGAUUCGCCCAUUGAUCCUGACACCACCAACAGACGUCAUCGCCAAGUCUGGACUGGAUGCCUACUUCUUCCUUCGAUACCUACGGAUGCUCGUGUACCUCUUCGGUGGUGGUAUGCUCUUCGUCUGGCCAAUCUUGCUACCGAUCAAUGCUACCGGUGGUAACAACACAGGGCAGGCGCCCGCUGGAGCGGAAGUGAAGGGUCUCGAUAUCUUGGCUUUCAGCAAUGUGAGUAGAUACCAUACGAAGCGACUGUGGGCCCAUUUGAUAGUCGCGUGGGUGUUUAUCAUUGGUACCCUGUUCUUCAUCCAGCACGAACUGGCAGCAUUCAUUCGGAUCAGACAAGCGUACUUGACCACACCGCAACAUCGUCUCCGUGCGUCAGCGACCACUAUCCUGGUUUCCACCAUUCCGGAGGAGUACCUCGAUGAAAACGCACUCAAGAAGCUCUUCUCCUGCUACCCAGACGGUGUCCGAAAGGUGUGGUUGAACAGAGACUACAGCAAGUUGCUCGACAAGGUGAAGGACAGGGACAAUAUUGCAAGAAAGCUCGAAGGAGCUGAAACGGAUCUUCUCAAAACGGCACGAAAAUUACGAGAGAAAAGACUGAAGCAAGCGCAGAAGGCAGCGAAGAAAGCAGGUGAAGAGCGCGAAAUCGAUGAGAUUGAACUCGUCGCAAAGGACAACAUGGAAGAAGACGAGGGUCUCGCGGCACGAUACGUACCACACAACAAGCGCCCCACGCACCGCCUCCCCGUCAGGUUCCUCCCCGCUCUUCCCCUGGUGGGCAAGAAAGUCGACACCGUUCACUGGUGCAAAACCGAGCUUGCUCGUCUCAACCCCGAGAUCGAGGAGGACCAGGCAUCACCGGAACGCUUUCCGCGAAUGAAUUCUGCAUUCAUUCAGUUUCAUUCGCAAUUGGCUGCACAUUUGGCUGUUCAAGCCGUCGCGCACCAUGUCCCGUUACACAUGGCACCGCGAUACAUCGAGGUCGCCCCCGAGGAUGUCAUUUGGGAGAAUAUGCAAUUGAAGUGGUGGGAACGCUACAUCCGUAUCGGAGUCUGUGCGGCCGCCGUAGGUGCUAUGAUCGUGUUCUGGGCCAUCCCAACCGCGUUUAUCGGUUCCCUUUCCAACAUCGCAUACCUCAGCAAAGAAAUUCCCUGGCUUGGCUUCCUCGCGAAUAUCCAGCCUCAGUGGAUCUUGGGUAUCAUCACUGGUUUGCUCCCUUCGGUGUUGUUGUUGGUUCUCAACUCGGUUUUGCCUAUCUUGUUGAGGUUCAUUGCGAGACAGAUGGGACCGCCGACGAAGACUCAGGCGGAGUUUUUGGUGCAGCAUAUGUACUUUGCGUUCUCCGUCGUGCAGAUCUUCCUUGUCGUCUCGAUCUCGUCCUCGAUCACCUCGGUCGUCGCGUCCAUUAUCAAUAACCCUAGCUCAGCGGCGACGAUCCUGGCGCAGAACCUACCCAAAGCAGCGAACUUCUUCUUUUCGUAUUUGUUGUUGCAGGGGUUGACAGGAGCCGCGGGUACCUUGUUGCAGGUUGUUGGGUUGAUCCUAUUCUAUGUCUUUGGAUUCCUGUUCGAUAACACGCCCAGGAAGAAGUGGAAGAGGUUCUUCCACUUGAACACCAUUGGGUGGGGUACGACGUUUCCAGUGUUUACCACGCUCGCUGUUAUCGGUCUCACUUACUCCAUCAUCGCACCGUUGGUCAUGAUUUUCGUCCUCGUCUCGUUUGCGUUGUUCUACUUCGCUUACCUGUACAAUUUCGUCUACGUUUACCGCUUCGAGAUCGAUACUGGAGGAUUGGCGUACCCACGCGCUCUCUAUCACACCUUUACCGGUCUUUACCUCCUCGAGAUCAUUAUGAUCGGAUUGUUCUUCCUCGCUCGUGAUGCGGAUGGGAUUGUUGCAUGUACACCACAGGCUAUCCUUAUGAUCAUCCUCCUGUUCGGAACGGCCAUCUUCCAUGUAUUGCUGACGACCGCAUAUGACCCGUUGACGCAGUACUUGCCCGUGACGUUGGAGGAAAGCGUGAUGGAGCAAAAAGAGUUGCAUGAACAGGCUGUUGAGUUGACGAGUUUGAGGCCGUUCCCGAGUUUGACGAGUAGUCAGGCGAGGCGGAGGAGGAAGGCGAAGAAGGAGGCCUCUGCGUCGGAGAAGGAUGAUGCUAAGGCGGCGAGGGAGAGGGAGGUGGAGAUGGUUGGAAAAGUUGACCAUGCACCUGAGGAAGAGAGCAGUGAGCGACAGAAAACCGACUUGUUUGUGGAUACGGAGGUUGCACGACAAGAGGGCGUCAUUGAUUCCCCAGAUACCCUUGGCGAUGCCAAGCUUGAAGACUCGGAACAGCGCGAUUCAUCGAAAACGAAAACCGUCUCCUUCGACGAUGCAGCAAAGAGUGCACCGAUAUCGCCAGCACCGACCUCGCACGCAACCCACUCCGCGGCCGCCCUCGACCCCGCCGGCCUGGCCGCCCCCUCAUCGCCAUCUGACGCAAAAACAACCACGACCACAAACACUCACUCCUCCUACACCCUCGGCUUCGGCGAUCAAUCUAACGGUGUUCACCUCAGCCCUUCCGAACGCUCCGCACUCCUCGACCGCGCAUUCACCCACGCCGCUCUCCGUGCCCGUGAACCAAUCGUCUGGAUUCCGAAAGAUGAGUUGGGCAUUGCGGGGGAUGAGAUUGAGAGGACGAGGAGGGAGUAUGAGGGGUUGGUCAAGAUUGAGGAUCAGGGGGCUUGGAUUGGUGGGGAUGGGAAGGUCAGGUGGGAGGGGAAGCCGCCGGAUUGGGAUGAGAGAGAGUUGGUGGAGAUCUGAGUGUUGUGGAUGGCUUGGCGGGUGGUGCACCUUGACGAGAUGCCGGGGUUUGGUGUACCAAGACCCAUGAGGGGAAGAGAGUGGAGUAUGUGUUUUGGCGCGUGGAGGAAGCAUACUUUGCCGAGGACUUGCUCGACAGCCGACGUGGAACCAUGAGGGUUGGGCAUACCAUAGCAUGCGCAUUGAUAUCAACGAGCAUGAUGUAUCGGUGGUGUUUGGACAUGCGG